CGCGUACGCAAUGGACCGACUCAGCGCGCACCCCCAUGCAACCGUUGUGCUCGAAAUAUAAACAAUUCAAAGUGUGCACAUAAAAACAGUUUACCAUUACAAGUGUAAAUACUACUAGAAUAAACAAUUAACACCUAAAAUGUGAUAGGUUUAGCUCAACUCGCUCUAUCAUCCCAAACAACCAUGGAGCUGGAUGGGGACUCUAGAUUCCUAAUAGGCAAUGAUACUUUCAACUUAACCGAAACCUUCGGUGAUUUUAACGAUACCAACGACUUCUACAACGUCUUAGCGCCGUUAAAUGUCGACCAAUACCUCGACAAAAUCGUCCUAAUUAACGAUACCUACUCGGUACAUAAAAGUGAAGUUUUCAACUGUACUAUAAGUUUAAACGGGACCACAUACAAUACCACCUGUGAUGCUGGUGUUUUUGUUGAUGUGUACAGAAACUAUUGGGCUUUGCUUUUGGUUCUUUUCCCCAUUUUGACGCUUUUUGGUAACGUUCUAGUUAUACUGAGCGUUUACAGGGAAAGAACCUUGCAGACUGCUACGAAUUAUUUUAUCGUAAGCUUGGCGCUGGCUGAUCUUCUAGUAGCGGUGGUCGUCAUGCCUUUUGCUGUUUAUGUUUUGUUUAACGGUAUUUGGGCCUUGCCAGGAUUUGUGUGCGAUUUUUACAUUGCAAUGGACGUCACGUGUUCCACUUCGUCCAUUUUUAAUUUAGUUGCCAUAUCCAUAGACCGUUACAUCGCCGUAACGCAACCGAUAAAGUACGCGAAACACAAGAACACGCGGAGAGUGUGGCUGACGAUAUGUCUGGUGUGGAUGAUAUCGGCGGCGAUCGGAUCGCCCAUAGUUUUGGGCCUAAACAACACGCCUGAUCGCGUGCCCGACGCCUGUCUCUUCUACAAUAGCGACUUCAUCAUCUACUCAAGCCUCUCCUCCUUCUACAUACCCUGUAUCAUAAUGGUGUUUCUAUACUACAAUAUUUUUAAGGCUUUAAGGAUGCGCGCGAUGCAGCAACGCUUCAACCGAAAACCGCUGCCUAGCGAAAUAAAACCGGGCUCGGUUAUCGAGAACGUGUCGAACCCGGGCCGGCUGGCCGAGACGGCCCUGGGGCCCACCAUCGAGGAGCAGGCCACCAACACCGGGUCCGGAUCUGGCGACGAGGAGGACGAGGGGGGCGAACAGGAAUGUCACGUGAUCUCCAACGAUAAGACCACCGAGUUCAUUUUGGCCACCGUGGUGGAGGAAGCGGCCAUAUCGUCUGUAGUGGCCAGCCUGGCUUCGCCACCAAACCUGGCCGAUCCUAACGGCAACAACGAUUCAGGUUAUGCUCCAAGUCAGCUGGAAAGUCCCAGAAUCCAGUCGAAUAAGCCCAGGAAUCAGUCGUCGAAAAGAAAUGGAGUCGAUACUGAAUUAAGGCCGAUCCGUACGAUAAGCGGCAGUACAGCAGCGAGCUCGACCGGCUCUAAAAAGGAGCGCAAAGGCACAGCGGCGGCUCGUUUCACGAUCUACAAGGUGAACAAGGCGAGCAGAAAGAAGCGAGAAAAAUCGUCGGCGAAGAAGGAGAGGAAAGCGACCAAAACUUUGGCCAUUGUUCUCGGUGUGUUUCUCAUAUGCUGGGUUCCCUUUUUUACCUGCAACAUACUGGACGCGAUGUGCAGCAAACUCAACUUGCAAUGCCAGCCCGGCGUGACGGCAUUCCUUAUCACCACGUGGCUGGGGUACAUGAACAGUUUCGUUAACCCCAUCAUAUACACCAUCUUUAACCCGGAGUUCAGGAAAGCCUUCAAGAAAAUUAUGUCAGUUGGUCCGUAAGUCAUUUCCCUUUUUAUUUUUAACAUUUUGUGUUUUUCAUAAAAAUGUCUUGUGUAAGGUAUUUUAAAU